GCCAGUUCUCCAUCAGCAGAAGCUGAUGGAGAACUGGCGCUCCUCCUCAACACACGCUCAUAUCUCAACAUGAGACGCUGACAUUUACUUGUUAGCAAACACCGAUAUGGAUUUUUAACGCUUCCCCACUAAUAAAUGCCCGAAAUUGUCACUUUAUCACGUUAUCUGUAGCUUACUUCCAAUUGCUAUUUAGCAUCUUAACUGACUUAGCAGAAAUGUAUUUGGUCACCAUGGCAAUAUAUCGCCUCUGUUAAAACAUUUUGAAUUAACAAGCGCGUACUUUCUCGCCUCCACACCACAGACAGCUUCCAGAAACCACUUCACGCCCCCCAGUCAGCCACAUCCCAGCGCCCGGUGGACUGCCCCACCACCUCCUCCUCCUCACUUCAUCCCACUCCCCUCCUCCUCCUUUUACACACCGGCUCGCAACCACCCACCCAGCCAGUCACCUCAAGUCCGACCGGCCGGCUGGAACGGAGGCAAACAAACAGACCAGCCAGGUCGAUCCCGUCGCGUUUUUUCCUCUUCUGGCUCAUCAAAGAGACACCGGAGCAGAAAAGGAGAAUGACAAGCCGGUGCUUGGAUCAGCACUGAGUUUGGUCAGCACAUCGAGAGCUCCUCCGACCCGUUUCCAAGUCCGUUUCUCCCGGCUUAGAGUCACGUUUUCACCGCUGACACAAUGGGCUGCUGCAGCGGGCGAUGCACCCUCAUCUUUAUUUGCACUUUACAGUUGGUGUUGGCCUUAGAAAGACAGGUUUUUGACUUCCUGGGUUACCAGUGGGCCCCAAUCCUUGCCAACUUCUUCCACAUCAUCAUUGUCAUCCUCGGCCUCUUUGGCACCAUCCAGUAUCGGCCGCGCUACAUUGUGGUGUAUACAGUAUGGGCCGCUCUGUGGGUGGCCUGGAACGUCUUCAUCAUCUGUUUCUACCUGGACGUAGGAGGCCUGUCCAAGGACAGUGACCUGCUAACAUUUAACAUCUCAGCCCAUCACUCUUGGUGGAGUGAACACGGGCCGGGCUGCGUGAGGAGAGAGAUGCCGCAGGCUGCAGGGGUCCGCACCACAGAGAGCCACUCCUACAUCACUGUCAUGGGCUGCCUCAUGGACUACCAGUACAUCGAGGUUGUGCAUAGCGGCACACAGAUUCUUGCUGCUCUCCUGGGCUUCGUGUACGCCUGUUAUGUUGUCAGUGCCAUCACUGAGGAGGAGGACAGCUUUGAUUUUAUUGGUGGAUUUGACCCAUUCCCACUCUACCAUGUCAAUGAGAAACCAUCUCAUCUCCUCUUAAAGCCCAUGUACCAGUCUACGUAAAUAGGAGAACGUCCAUCGAGGGAGGUGACACAGCAAAUUCCCACGGAGAAGAAAUGGCUGUUUUGACGCAAAUGCCCCAGUGCACCGGGGCACGCCAGACAUUCCUCCCCUUCUUGAUUUCAGUACUCUAAACAUGUCAUUUACUGGUGUGCUUCCCAGAAAAGCCAACACUUCUCAGUUAGGGUCCAUUGUUUUCCAGGGAGGGAUGACGGGUUCGGGGAAAAAGGGGGGAUUACAGUGUAACAAAGCCUCAUAUUGUGUGUUUAGGGAAGUAUCAAUCAUUUUCUUUGUAUUGAGUUCUCUGCUGAGGUCCCAUUGCCGUGACCUGCCUGUAAUGGUUUCAUACUCCCCAAGAACAUGCAUAUAGAACAUGUACAGCCUAUAAAUACACUGUGUAUGUAAUCAGGGACUGCCCAGCAUUCCCAGUCUGUGGUACUGUGUCUUAGAGGACUCAGUGAUUUAGCAUGUUAUUGCUGGUUUGGAUCAGAUUUUGGCCAGAGGGCUGAAUUACAGUGGAGCCUGUGGAAUGAGCUAUUGUGCGCUGCCUGUUUACUUUAGGCCAGGAUCUCUGUGCAUAAAUACACGAGCAAAAGCAGGAAGAGGCAGGGGAGUGGAGGAGGAGGUAGAGGGAGGGAAGGGAACAAAAGCACCAAACCUACAGGGGCAUCUAUCAAAAAUAGAAAAUGUAAAUAAUGAAACAAGUGGGAACGGGGUGUGUUUUGGAUUUAGAGAUUGAAAUGUGAACUAAUAAGAAUGCCAAAAGAGCGUUAGCGUGUAAGAGGUGUUCAAACACAGGGAGUCUUAACUUUUUAUGUCUGGAGUCUUAUUAUUGUGACUGUUUUCACCAACAGCCGAGUCAGGAGCUGAAGUGUCAGGUGUUUCUUAGAAGAUGUGCUGAAAGCUUCUGUUUUUCCUUUCAGUUCGUCUCCUCUUAACUACUGACACAUCGGGCUGCCGAGGGGGGUGAUCAUUACACACACUCAAAGCAAAGGUUACACAGCGUAUAUAUUUAACUUUGAGAAAACAAUAUAAAUUGUUUCGCUAUUCGUAUUGCACACAGCGUUGUUGAAAUGUAUGGGUACGGUCUCCGGUGUAGAAGUAGCAAGGCCGUACCCGAGUGAACCGGAGCGCUGUCUCCUGUCAGUUCAACAGUUUAGCUCCUCAGUGGUGGCAGUCUCAGCUGUGAUUGUUUUAUAGCAUGUUUUUUUUAAAGGGGUUUGUAUUGUAAGUAUGUGUAUAACAUAUUAAUGAGUAACUGAGAUACUGAUGUCCUCGACUCUGCUGAUUUUAUUUUAUCCAGCAACGUAACGCAUCUUUUUCUUUAAGUGCACACACGUAGGUCAUAUCUCCUACACUGAUUCAUAGCACUUUUUUAGCUAAUAUUAUCCCUUUGUCAACAUCUCUGACUAAAGUCAAUUUGAGUCACAUCCCCUGUCGCCUUACUGUUUGUGUGGAUCACUACUGCUCUCUGGUGUUGGAAGUGUUCAUGUACAAGCUGCAAGGCUUCUGAGCUUCUGCUACAGGUAUGCUCUUUCAUAAAUCUCCAUGUUUUGUCAGCACCUUUUUUAUGUGUGUGCAGAGAACAGUAAAUCUUCUUAUACUUUAAUUUUGCUGGGUAACUGUCAUGUAGGAGUCAGCGUUUUGCCCUGGUUGUUUGAAUGUUACACUCUUUAUCAUUUAGGUUAAGAUCUUUUAUUUUUUUUUCACCCACUACAUUUGAAUCCAGAACAAUUUCAGUAUGUUAGUUGUUUGAUGACAGCAUUUCUUGGUGCUAACUUUAAAAUUGUCUGCUUGGUUUAUUUUUAAUCAAAGGAGUUGUGAACAAAGUAGUAUUUAUUUUUUGUUCCCUGUCUGUUGUCCGUACCUAAAAAUAGCCUGCUCUGUGAUAUUUGAUGUUCUUCACUGCCAGAUACAGUCCACAUGCUGUUAAGAUCCUUAAAAUCAUCCGACCACUUCUGCUGGCUUAUUUUCAGAAUGAUGAGUGUGAACCAUUUUGAUUUGAUUGGUCACAUCUCUUGUUUUUUGGCAAGAUGCAAUAAUUUAUGUCAUUAUUGUCUUUUAAUAAUUUAAUAUUCACACACUCCUGGUAGGCUAACUGGUAUAUGGAUUAGUGAAAACACACAGAAUAUUGAAACAUAAUCAGUAUUAGUAGUAAAUGCUACUAAAAUCGUUAUGUAAACAACAAGUCUUCCUCUCAGUGCAAUACAGCAUCUUAAACCCCAGUAACUGGAAAUUAGUUGAAACCUUUUACGGUUGUGUAUGUAUGUGCUAGUCUCCACUGAAGAUUCCACCUGUUUGUAGAUAAUUCUCUUUCUUUGUAUAGAAAGUGGAAAAGAUCUCCUUUUUUUGUAUUUCUCUCUACUAUUUUGUGUCCUGUGUUGCGCCCCACCCCAUGUGACCUGAUUGUGUAAUCCUAUUUAUCCAGAACUGUGCUUUGUGUUCAUGUAAAUAGGUGUUUGUUAAUAAAAGAAUGUGCUCUUUUAA